GUGUGCUGGUAAGAUAAAAGAUGUGUUGGUGUGCGAGUGAGAUAAGGACUUGUGCAUGUCGGUGUGGAUGCUUGUGUGUGUGAGUCCUGCGUGUAUGACUGACAUAAUCAAAAAUAGGUCACUUGUCUUUUUCACACUACUGGAUUUUGUGGAAGUGCAUAGUGAUCAAAAGUAGGAUUACACUAGCCUCCAGACAUGGCCUGCCGCUGUAUGCUGCACACUUAAGGUGAUUCCUGAACCAAACAAGCCUCUAAUAACUUCAAGAUCUGGAAAACAGAUAACAACAUGUCAAAAUAUAAACUUGUUAUGCUGAGGCAUGGCGAAGGCGCCUGGAACAUUGAAAAUCGCUUCUGCAGUUGGGUUGACCAAAAGUUGAGCGCCGAUGGACUCAGGGAAGCUGAGGAGUGUGGGAAAAAGUUAAAGUCUUUGGGUUUUGAGUUUGACCUUGUGUUUACUUCCAUCUUGAGUCGAUCCAUACAGACAGCAUGGCUGGUUCUGCGGGAGCUGGACCAAGAAUGGGUCCCCAUCCAGAGUUCAUGGCGACUCAACGAACGGCAUUAUGGAGCUUUGAUAGGUCUUAACCGAGCAGAACUUGCCUUGAAUCAUGGAGAAGAACAAGUGAAAAUCUGGCGAAGGAGCUAUGAUGUUUCUCCUCCACCCAUAGACGCGAGCCACCCUUAUUAUCAAGAAAUUCACACAGAUCGGAGGUAUACGACUUGCGAUAUUCCAAAGGAAAAACUACCAAAGUCUGAAAGCUUAAAACAAGUACUCGAGCGGCUUCUCCCAUAUUGGAAUGAAGUUAUCGCGCCAGAGAUUAAGAAUGGGAAAAGGGUUCUUAUAUCAGCACAUGGCAACAGCACAAGAGCACUUCUUAAGCAUUUAGAAGGAAUCUCUGACUCGGAUAUUGUGAACAUUUCACUUCCUACCGGUGUCCCUGUGCUCCUUGAACUUGAUGAGAAUCUACAUCCCGUCAAGCCUCAUGAGUUCUUGGGUGACCAAGAGGCCAUCCGAGCUGCUAUAAAGAAAGUGGAAGAUCAAGGAAAAGUGAAGCCUAAUGAUAACUAAGGAAAUGCCCCAAGUGUUUCCCCUUUGGACAAGAAUCUGCGGUGCUUUGUUACAGUCUCUUGUUUGCAUAACACAGUGUAAAUAGAAUAUUAUUUUUGUUGUUGGUUGCAGGUCUGUAUUGGCAUUUAUUUUUCAUGCGCUCAAAAAAUUAUUUCAAAAAAUCUUUUGAGUAUUAAAGUGCAAGCCUGAGGUGGAAUCAAUACACUCCAUUUAAAAUUUUACUUGUGAUGCAGUUACCUGUAGUGAGUUGCAAGUUAGGGGUAGGGGAAAGGAACUUUAGAAGAUGAGCCUCCAGAAAUGUCACUAGUAGCUAUCAGCCUCCCAACAAGAAGUUGUAUGGGCAGCAGGCCACCACCACUAAGGUCCAGGAUGUAGAAGGCCCUUAGAAAAGAGACAUUUCUCUACCCUUUUCUAAGCAGAGCAACAUCAGAAUACUUUCCUCUUCUUUUGAGAAUUUCUCGGCUAUCAGCCUGGUUGAAAGAACUGACCAGCAGAUGGUGCUGUUGCUUGAAUUUCAUUAUAUUAGCGGUGUAAAAAUUGCUAAAAUCUUGAAACUCUGGGAAAAAUGUAUGUAGUUUGCAAAAGUGCAUUAAUUUAUUUUGAAGUUUCAAACUUCCUUUAAAGCACAAUACAUCCAUGGUUGUAUUGCAUAGCCUUUUUAGCACAGGGUGCAGAAUCUAGCAAGUGUUUUAUAGUAGACAAUGCUAGAGGUAGGAGCUACUUGGUGGGAACCUUAAAGCUUUACGGAUCAUUUUUGACUCAAUAUUUGGUUUACAUAGAGCUAGUGUAGAUUAGGAAGGGUAUAUCACACAUAAACAUCUAAAUUUUAAGACAUGUUAUAAGUAUGUAGUGUGUGUAUUAAACAUUUAUUACCUAGAGAGAUUUUUUGAGUUAAUUUAGUUUGGCAGGUUUCUAUUUGCUUAAUACCAGAUGUGUUUAACAGAUAUGAUCAAGAGAAAAAAGUAACACCCUGUUACAGAACUGAACCCAUAGUAUUGCAGGCUAUAUUUAGUUGGCUUUCACUAAAUACUUUCCCAGGAGCAAAUCUGGGAGCCCAUGUUGCUGUCUAGGAAUAUCUAGGAAGAAGUUUGGGUGCACUGUAAGAUUUACCUCCCAUUUAGUGCCUCCAUCUCUUAUCAAAGAACUGUAGUAUUAGGGAGGUAACAGACAGGGAGAGUAGUCGCCCCACGACAAAUCCCACAGGCAAGAAUGUAAAUCGCCAGUGGGAUGGCAUACGCAAUGCUGCAAUUUCUGGAAGUCGCCCAAAGUUGCCUCUCCUCAUUGCGGGGAGAUUAGUUGCCCGCGACAAUGAAGAUUUGUCACGGGACGACUAAUCUCCCCUCGUCUGGCACCUCCCUUAAUGAUUGUAACCUAUGGUAUUAUGGUGUAAUGUACAUUGUAGUCUAGCAUUAGGGCAACCCACUGUUUAGCAACAAUGCCAUUUCAUUUUUUUUUUUUUUUUUAAAUAAGAACUAAAGACUAUGGCUAGAAAUGUUGUAUUUUAUUUACUGAAAUUAAUGUACCAAAAUAUAGGUUCAACAGUCCUAUAACAGUAAUGAUUCAGGCAUUCAAUUUUUUGCACAGCAGCUCCCCUGCUGAAUCUGGUUAGGCUAUAUUUUGCAAGCCAGUGGCACUGCACAUGCUCAGUUUUCUCUGGGCUGUUGCUGUGAGGCUAAGCUUUAUUAGGUAACACCUGGCAUUAAAGCUGAUACUUUGGGGCUGAUUAUUUAUUAUAUGCAGGGAAUCAUCAGAAAAUAAGGGGGAGAUUCUGGGGGCAUCUUCAUAGACACAGAUAUUUACUUCUAAAGGGGUGCUUGGGCUGGUACAGAAGCCAAAACCAUGACAUGUAGCAUGUAUAGACCAAUUCUUUAGCUGAAGUUCUCCUUUAAAUUUUAAGUUAUUGCUGUUGCCACACAAAUAAGAACGCUCAAAUCAGACCCACUACUAUUUACAAAAAAAUUCACCCAAAACUGAUUUUUUUUUUUGCUGUUGGCAUUUUGUACAAAUGCUUCAUUUUUUGUUAGUUUUCCACAAUAAUGUAUUUUUAAUACAUUGACAAAUCAUUAAAUAAUAGCCUGGCAAAUCUGUAUGUGGAAAUGAAUUGCUUUUCCCAAGAUUUAUAAUAUUGAUAGCAAAAAGCUAUAAGUGGGGGAGAUUUGUGCUGUUCCUUUUCCUUCUCCUAGGAAAUGUUGGGGCUGUUAUUGUGUUUUUGUUUGCACUAAUGUUCCAGAGGAAAAGAAAAACUAGAUGUUUAUUGACCCACUAAAAGUGGAAAUAAAGACCAAAGUAAAAUUUUAAACCUAAAGCACUUUUGGGCAGGUUGCUGAUUGGCUGCCAAUAAUCAUAUUUCUAUAGUUAUUAGACCCAAACCAGACUUUGUUCCUGUUAGUACAAUAUUUCUUUUUCUCUUCAGACCAGGUUGAUACCUUGUAAUUAACCAAUAUUCAUUGCUUUAACUCAAGAAUCGAGGGUUGAAAUCCUAGUAUCACUUAUAUGGCUUAUAUAGUGUAGUUUUAGGACUGUAAAGGGGCAGAUUUAUUCUAAUUUUCAUGGUUUUCUGAGGCUUUUUAAACCAUGACUAAACUUAUUUCCACUAAAACCAUGAAUGUGUAUUCAUUUAUUAAAAGAUCCGAAUCGAAGGUGCAUGAACAAAAAAAGGCGUGAAAAAAGUCAACAGCAGCAAAAAAACCUGAAAACCUUUAAAACCACGAAGCAAAGAAAGAUCCAGUUGUGAAAAGGACACCUUGCACUGACUUCUACAUGAUCUUGACAGCUUUUAGAUGGCGUAUUUUGGAUUUGUUGAAGUUUUGUUGCAUAAAAAGUGGCAAAAAAUUACAUUGUUUUUCUAUGACAAAAUCAUAUUUUUGCACAAAAGAAUACAAAUCGUGAAAAAAACCAUCACCCUUGAUCAUAGGACAAACUGAAGUGAGAGAAUGUUCAAUUUAUAAUAAAGUUAUAGUACAAUAUCUGCAGUUUGUUUAAAGUAAACCUCCCCUUUUACAGGGCCACUCUAACUCUACAACAUUAUGAUUAAUGCAAUGGAGAACAUAUGUUGGCAUAGGUUUACCUUAUAUUUCUGUAUGGGCUAUGAGAAAACCUAGGGAGUAGUCCCUGCUCAGGCAAAGUGCCAUUUGCAGCCCUGUUAGUUUGGCCACAUGCCCAAUAGUGCAAUAUUAUAGCUAAUAGUUUACCCCUGAAAUGCUAACCUAUAUUUCUUUCUGUUGUUUUGCAAUGGCAUUAAAAAUUAAGGUUGUAACUAUAGAGCAAGCAGACUCAGCUGGGGGCCUAUGAGACAUAGGGGGGUCCUAUAAUGAUUUUGGUGUGGUUAUACCACUGAUACAAACACAUUAGUAAAGCUGUGGAAAGUGAAAUGAAAAUAUGUGGUCAGGCAGUUUGAGAUACACUGGCAACCUAGGCAAGGUUAACAUGAUCUGCUGAGUCAGGAACGCAUUCAUAAACCUAAACAAAGGGGAAAAUAAAUACACAUUCAGCUCUUAAUAUUUCCCUGGGGAACUAUUUAAAGGUAUAAUGACCCUUUAAUCAAAAAAGCUUACUUUGUAUCAUUUUCCUAAAGCUGUGUUUAUAAGGGUGACCCAUAUAUUUUUCUCAAGCAGCAGUUAUUUGCAGCAUGUUAAGGCCUCUGCUGGUUCCAGUGCUACGAACAACAACCUUAGGCCCAGAUGGAUAAACAAUGAAUACAGUAGUGUUUUGUUUGGGUUGUGUAAUAAAGCCUAUUCACCAAAAACUAGAACCCGAAUGUGGUUUAGGGAAUGAUCGGCCAGCUUUGACAUAUUUAUUUAUAUAUAUCAGUCACACCCGGCUUGAUGCAGAACAAAUGUAAGGUCCGUUCUUGUUAACUAAUGCCAGUGCUGUAUCAGCGCAAGGAGUUAUUGGAUAAAUAGGAAACUUUGUUAUUUUCCAGUAUAUAUGGCAUUUGAUGGUAAAAGUCUAGGAAUAUAUUCUAUAUUUUUAUUUGUGCAUAGAAUGUAUUUGUAAAGCAAAAUGUCUUACAUGUUUAUUGCUUUAUGAUAAGAAAAAUGUUUUUAAAUCAA